GUGGGACAGUGGUAUGUUCCAGGGUUGUGUCCACUGCAGUGUACCAGUCUACCUGUAGACUCUAACUGUGAGAGGAGAGCAGAGGUGACUGGAGAUCAUGGCUGCCCCUCAGAGAGGAGAUCUGUCAGCGUCGGAGAGGAAGAUCCUGCAGCUGAUUGCUGCCGGUGAUGUACAAGAAACCGCCCAGCUGCUCGCUAGCAAAGAAGUACGAGUCAACUGUUUGGACGAGUAUGGCAUGACUCCCCUGAUGCAUGCAGCCUAUAAGGGCAAGGCCGACAUGUGCCAUCUGCUGCUGCAGCAUGGGGCUGAUGUCAACUGCAACCAGCAUGAACAUGGCUACACAGCUCUCAUGUUCGCUGGCCUGUCAGGGAAGACAGACAUCACGUCCAUGAUGCUGGACGCAGGAGCAGAGACGGAGCUGGUGAACUCUGUGGGUCGCACUGCUGCUCAGAUGGCAGCGUUUGUAGGCCAGCACGACUGUGUCACAGUAAUCAACAACUUCUUCUCACGGGCGAGGCUGGAGUACUACACCCAACCACAGGGGCUGGAGAAGGAGCCCCGGCUCCCCCCCCAACUGGCAGGACCCCUGCACAAGAUCAUCAUGACCACCAACCUGAACCCGGUCAAGAUAGUCCUGCUGGUGAAGGAGCACCCUGUGCUGGUGGACAUGACCGCCCUGGAGAAGUGUUACCAGGUAAUGGACAUGCUGUGUGAGCAGUGCGUGAAGCAGGAAGACAUGAAUGAGGUCCUGGCCAUAAAGAUGCACUACAUCAGCUGUGUGCUGCAGAAAUGCCUGGCCUUCCUACACAAACAAGAUGACGAGCUGGACGCCCUUGUUAAGAGCCUGCUGAAGGGGAGAGACAGUGAUGGUUUCCCACAGUACCAAGAGAAGUUCAUUCGAGACUGUAUCAGGAAGUUUCCUUAUUGUGAGGCCAUACUCCAUCAGCAGUUGGUGAGGAGCAUUUUACCAGUAGAGAUUGGCAAUGACCCAACAGCGUUCACAGUGUUGACCCAGGCCGUAACAGGUCAGAUGGCGAUUUUAGAUGCUGACUACUGUGCUACAUGUGGGGAGAAGGGAGCACAGAAGAGGUGCACCGUUUGUAAAGCAGUGACUUACUGCAAUCUGACGUGCCAAAAACUCCACUGGUUCACCCAUAAAAAGAUGUGCAGGUCUCUGCAGGAGCAGGAUACCAAGCUGGAGAAGGAUUCUCCGAGGUUUAAAGAACUGAAAGAUGAUGAGAGCGACCUGGUUAUGGAGACAGCCAACUUUCUGCAGCAGCUGUGUCUGCGGGCGGAGGAGCAGGUGACUGCUGCCGGAGGCUGCCCUGCACAGCUCCUGGCUGGUCCUUCCACCUCUGCUCAGGGGCCGUCCUGCACCCAAGACUGAGGCUCCUGAACGAUGCUGACUCAUCUCUUUUUGUGAAUUUUUACAAAUGUUAUGUAUGGAGAGGUAUGGUAACAAAAAACAUGUCAGUAGGGUAGAUCUUCUUUAUAUAUUUACCACCACACCGUGUAGUUUAAGAUAAUCAGUAACACAAAAAGCAGCUAGAGGUAUUGGAAAUCCUGUAAGUUGAUUCCAGCAAACACCCUGUUGGUCUGAUUUUGUAUAUAAGACAGACAUAAAGAGAAGUCUGAUGUCGAUAAUUCCAAUAAUGCCUUUGUCUGGAUGGAACAGUUGCUCAGUACUGUUGAAGGCACCAUUUGGACGUGUCUAAACUCCACCAUUUAAUCCCCAAAAUCUAUGAUUUGGCAUCUCAGAUAAUAAGGAGCAACCUCUUUCUUGCUCUUUAUGUUUCAUUGUGUAUGGUGGUAGGAUUAGCAGUUUCUUAACAGUGUAUCUCAAAGUUUUAUGAAUGAAUUAGCAUGUAGACCAGGGAAGAGGUUGUUCAUAGGUCAUAACAAGUGACUAAUAUGACUGGUUUGUUUGCAUAUCAACAGACAUAGGAAGAGAAAAGUCCUCAAUUUGUAGCCCAAUGGGGGUGUUGGAAAUUUAUAUUUAUAUAUAUAUUUAUAUAUAUAUAUUUUAUGUAGGACGACUCUACCCUCAAUGACGUUUUUUUUAAAUUCUUACUUUCAACAAUAUUGGUGCAUUUUAAAUAUGGUACUGUAAAGGUUAGGGCAGGAUUGUGGUUAUAGCAAAUACAAAGGGAAAUAAUAACUGCAGUUCUGUGUUGUAGUGACAGUUGUCUUUAGUAGUGGCUGCAAACAGGAGUGCUCACUGUCUGCCAUAGCAUUAAACAAACU